UAAGCGCUUGCGCGAGUCUCGAGCUGAGCGCAUCUCUGAAAGCGUAGAGAAGAUGAGGCACAGCCCUCCCAGAGGGGCUGUUUAUACGCGAUAGAGGAAUUUAUUUAUUUUUGUCUGAUGAAAAUGGAUGGAAAUACAUAAGGCCCUUCUUCAGUCCUGUGAUUAAUGAUCAGAAAAGCGGUGCAUGUUUCAAUGAGUGUGUCCUAAUCGUCGUCCUACUGAAACAGCCUCCCUGCUGUCCCAGAGCUGUGCAGUAUCAGGAUCCUGUUGGUCCAUGGAGCCCUUACUCAGGGCCACAGCUGGAUAAGAUCAUGCUCCUUUUUAUGAGCAGGCUGUUAAAUUGGCUUAUCCUGUGGCUCCUACACGCCACAGCAUAUACAGUCCCGUUCUAUGGGAAUGAUCAAAAAUGGAAGACAAGAGCCUUCGUGUAGCAGACUAUUUUGUGGUGGCAGGACUCACCAACUCGUCUAAGCCCUUCGAGGAAGAUGUCCACCCUGAGGAUGGGGGUCAUCGGAGCUCAGCCCAGCUCAAGGCGCCCAUUACUGAUGUUGCAGUGGUGAUUCGCUCCCUUGGAGAGGAAGUACCUCGAGGGUAUACCUGCGUUGAAUGCACCCCCUCUGGACUUCCUGCCGAACUAAAUGGAGGAAGCCUCAUGGGGCCGCAGAUCUUCCUCUGCUAUAGGAGAGGCAGAGACAAACCGCCACUCACAGACCUGGGUGUCCUCUUUGAGUGGAAGGAGAAACUGAAGCCGGACUGUCAAAUUAUACAGACCACGCCCUCUGGUCGCCCUGCUAAUAUCAGUAGCUCCUCCUCCCAAAGGAUCUACAUCACAUAUCGGCGUGCCUCUGAGAAUCACUCUCACACCACGCUGGCUGUCACAGACAUCUGUGUCAUUGUUCCCGGCAAGGGAGAGACACCCCCACAUGCUUUCUGCAAGGUGGACAAGAAUCUCAACAGCAGUAUGUGGGGGUCCUCUGUGUACUUGUGCUACAAAAAAUCUUUGGCCAAAUCCAACACGCUUGCAUUCAAAGCAGGUCUUUUGUCCAGAUACCCAGAGGAGGAUUAUGAUUCCUUUCCUUUGCCUGAAUCCGUGCCCCUGUUUUGCCUGCCGAUGGGAGCAUCCAUUGAGUGCUGGCCUUCUCAUACCAAAUAUUCUCUACCUGUCUUUUCAACAUUCGUUCUCACAGGCGCCUCUGGAGAGAAGGUUUAUGGUGCUGCCAUCCAGUUCUAUGAGCCCUACCCAGAAGAACAUUUGACUGACAAGCAGCGAUCUCAGCUGGGCCUGCAGGCUAACGGGCUCAGGCCUGAUGGAUCAAUGACUGUCCACACCAACAAAAGCAUCUGCCUUCUCUCUCACUGGCCCUUUUUUGAUGCUUUCCGUAACUUCCUGACCUUCCUCUACAGAUACUCCAUCUCAGGUCCACACACUCUGCCCAUCGAGAAGCAUAUUUCCCAUUUCAUGCACAAGGUUCCUUUCCCUUCCUCACAAAGGCCACGUAUCCUGGUGCAGUUGUCUCCACAUGAUAGCCUGAUGCUGAGCCAGCCUGUUUCCUCUCCACUCCCUCUGAGUGGUGGAAGGCUGUCUACACUGCUGUGGAACCUCGGCCCCAAAAAUGCAGUGACUCUGCUGGUGUUGGCUGUGACUGAACACAAGAUCCUAGUGCACUCCUUACGUCCAGCAGUUCUUACCAGCGUUACCGAGGCCCUGGUGUCGAUGAUUUUUCCCUUCCACUGGCCGUGCCCGUACAUUCCUCUCUGCCCGCUGGCCCUGGCAGAUGUGCUCAGUGCUCCAUGCCCUUUCAUUGUAGGGGUGGACUCGCGGUACUUUGACUUCUAUGAGCCACCGACGGACAUAAGCUGUGUGGACCUGGACACUAACACUAUAACACACAAAGAAGAGCGCAGAUCCCUGACCUGGAAGAUCCUGCCAAGAAAAGCCUGUAAACAUCUGAUUAACACCCUGAGCAAUCUCCACCAGCAACUGGAUGAGGGUUAUCAGAUGAGCCGUGAGGAAGGACACAUGGAGGCCUUUAUGAGUGAGCGGGAACCUGGCAGUGGUGGGAAGAGUCUGGAAACCUUGGAGCUGGAGAUCCAGGAGGCUUUUCUGCGCUUCAUGGCGGCCAUCUUGAAGGGCUACCGUUCAUACCUGUUGCCCAUCACACAGGCACCUUCUGAGAAAGCAACUGACGCCAGUUCACUCUUCGAUCUGCAAGGCUUUUUGAAGAGUCGUGAUCGAUCCCAUCAAAAGUUUUAUUCCCUCAUGACCAAGACACAGAUGUUCAUUCGUUUCAUCGAAGAGUGCUCUUUCGUCAGCGAUAAGGAUGCAAGCCUUGCUUUCUUUGAUGACUGUGUUGACAAGCUGUUCGGUACGGAGAAAGGAGGAAAGGUGGACAGCGAAAAGCCAGAAGACACAAGGCUUAUUGAACUUGACAAAUCCCACCGCAGCGAGCACACGGUCUACAUCACACCUCCGGAGCUGCCAGCUCUUCCAGAAGGAGAAGAGGCUCCUAUGGUUUACAGUUACAGUGGGUUCCCAGUACUGAACACCCAACUCUGUGAGCUUCAGGAUGGUCCCAGAGUCCCUGAAGCAACAUCAGCCGUGAGACAAAUCAGUCCCAUCAGCCCAGCUGCCAUUUUCAGGCGCUCCCAACAGGAGAUCAAAUCAGCCCAGAGGAUGGCUAAGACAUACUCCUCAAUCCCACAGAUGUGGUCCAAGUGUCUGCUGAGGCAUUGUCACGGCCUGUGGUUCAUCUGCCUGCCCGCGUAUGUCAGCGCCUGCCACUCUAAAGUGCGGGCACUGCAUACUGCUUACGACGUGCUGCGAAACAUGCAAGACAAAAAGUUGCAGCCUCCUGAUGAGGUGUGUUACCGGGUCCUGAUGCAGCUGUGUGGGCAGUAUGGACAGCCUGUUCUUGCUGUCCGGGUUCUUUUUGAAAUGAAGAAAGCCGGGGUGCAGCCAAAUGCCAUUACCUAUGGGUACUACAACAGGGCUGUUCUGGAGAGCACAUGGCCCUCCUCCACCAGAGGGGGAUACUUCCUGUGGGGAAAGCUGAGAAAUGUGGUUCGGGGUGUGGUGCUGUUCAAACAAGUAUGGAGGAGGCAGACCACCCACCCAAAAGACACCCAUCUUUCUGAUGCCAGUGAUCUCGACAGUGUCAGCCAUGGCAGUCUGGACAGCUCUAACGAUUCAGCGGAGCGAGUUUCCAUUGAUACAGACUUCACUAAAAUGGAUUCCAGUGAUGACAGAUCCAGCACAGGUGGUCAGUCUGAUCAGGGCUAUGAUUCUCUGUCUAAAGAGGAGGUGAGGUUAGGAGGAGGUGAGGAGCAGAACUCCUCUCCAGACAUGAAGGAGAAGAAGGACAGAAACUCUUGCCCAUUAUCCCAGACCAUACUCUCAGAGAAAGAGCAUUCAUCUCUUGCGGUUGGAAUCCCUCCAUCUGCAGCCAAUGGGGAAAUCAGUAACGUGUUCUCUGAAGCCCCUCCACAGACAAAAAGGCCAAACUCCCUGGAUAUUUUCGGAGACAAACCCAUAAGGCCACGCACGCUGGAUCUAACCCCGGAUAAGACAGUAGGAGUACUCCGCGAAGAAUCUGUUCCAGCACUGAUAGAAACGGAAGCAGUGGGGGGCGUCGUGAGCCCACCUAAAGUUGCAGUGGAGAGGACUACUAGCUGCACGGUUGCCAUGGAGAAGAGAGUUGCCAUGGAGAGGGAGCAUCUCGGCGUGGAGAGGAGCGCGAGCUGCAGCAGUGCUCUUGGCCGAGUGGUUAAGAGGACAGGCAUCGAAGCAGGUUUUGAUCCUCUGUCCCUCAUGGCAGCUGAGACUCAAGCCCACAGUGAGGGCGAUAAUGCAGACACCCCAACCGCCCGCCGAGACCUGGCUGAAGAGAUUCAUCACUACAUGAACAACCUGAGCAGCCCAUUGAGCCAGCGGUCUCUCAGUGUAGACCUAAAGGGGCAUCAGACCCCUUCCCCUCACAGCUCUCCUCGCAUGUCUACAGCACUCAGCUCCCCAAGCACCUCCAAUCUCCAACCUCAGCCACGAACAAGACUCUUCUCGUCGCCCUCCCUCCCUCAGGGCCACGUACGCAGGGUCAGGGAGCAGCGGCCCACCUCCCUGGCUUCACCUUCCUCACCUUCUCCCUCCUCUUCUUCUUUCUCCAUGGACUCCUUGCUCACCCCGACCCUGGACGUGUUCAAGAGCAGCUUUCUCUUUGCUGGGAAGGGCGUCGCUGAGAAAGCCAGCCGACUGUAUUCACGACUUUCCUCUCAGACGUCCAUUGCACAGGACUUAAACUCUGACCAGGUCAGUGUGUCCUCUCUAGGGUCAGGUGACCCUGAUUGCUCCUCUCUGGUUGAGAGUGAUUGCUGUGUAGACCCCGAUGGGUUCUCUUCCCCACAACGGGAUGCCUCUCAGCCUGUCACACGUCCCAAAAGGAGCCCUUACAGGAGCAACCACUGCCUAGAAAGCCCAUCUGCACCUCCUCGACUUUAUCAACAGUCUUCUGUAAUGAAAGCUCUGCAGACCCCAGACGCGUGUUCUGAUUCCAGCCUUUCUCAGUCCAUGCAGAACUACGCUGUUGAAAUGCGUAUGUCCAGUUGCUCGCGCUGUAACACCUGUGAGAGUUUGGUGUAUGAUGAAGAGAUCAUGGCUGGAUGGACAGCUGACGAUUCUAACCUCAAUAGCACGUGCCCCUUUUGUGGCUCCCCAUUUCUGCCUCUGCUCAAUGUGGACAUCAGAAACCUGGGUGACCAGGAAAGAUCUCCCUCUCAAGAUGCACAUACUUGCCAGACAGACACUGCAGAUGAACUACCACAAGUUUAUGAUGCCACUAACAAUCUAUCCAGCGGUGGCAAAAAACACCCUGAGCCAGUUACCGUGCCCUACCUGAGUCCUCUGGUACUUUGGAAGGAACUGGAAAGCUUGCUGGAGAACGAGGGGGACCAGGCCAUCUCUUCUGCAGCCAUUGUGGAUCACCACCCUAUUGUGUUCUGGAAUCUGGUGUGGUUUUUCCGUAGGCUGGACCUGCCCAGCAGCCUGGCGGGCCUCUAUUUGAGCUCCAAACACUACUGCAGAGAUUCUCAGGCUCUGCAAAGUUGUGCAUCAGAGGACAGUAAAAAUGUCUUGGUCCAGAUCCUGUGGGACAAUCCCAGACUGCAUCAGGACCACAUCAAGCCUUGCUACUUGCUCUGGAAAUCAUAUUGUGCAAAUCCUGCAGUAUCUGAGGAGGAGGAGCAGGCUGUGAGCUUAGAGCUGCUGCAGAGUGUGGUGAAGAGCAUCCAGAGGAACGAUGUCUACCAGCCCAUGAGUCAGAUACUGCAGCUACUGGGCACCAGACUGGGCUUCGUCCGACAACGGAGCUUAUAUAGAGAUAUCCUAUUCCUGUCUUUGGUGGCUUUGGGCAAGAAUAGCAUAAAUAUCGAUUCAUUUGACCGUGAAUACAAAAUGGCAUAUGACCGUUUGACGCCUAGCCAGGUCAAGAUGACCCACAAUUGUGACCGGCCACCCAGCGCUGGAGUCAUGGAGUGCAGGAGAACCUUUGGGGAACCCAGUCUCUGAUUCGCCUCCUCUCAUUCCUCCCUCUUUCCUCACAUCCAUCACACAGAUCAACAAGUCUCAUCCAAAGAAGGAACGCUUUCAUUCAUGUGAUCCUGAACAUUCAUUGUAACCAAAGCUACCUCUGGCUCCCAUGAGGUCUCUUUCAAAUCAAAUCCUGUCUGUAAUGUGACUGUGUGUUCUUCUUCGUACACUUCUAGUGAAUACGCCACUUUAUAUAGUCUGUGAUCAUGUCUUUAACCCCUCAAGUUUGCUCUUAUCCAUCUGCCUAAUGUCUUGACCCUCAACCCCUUUCAGAUACUUGGGAUCACAUUAGAUAAGAUUAGGAGCAAUACCAUUGUGCUCAGGUCAUUCCAGUGAAUCAUGGAGUGGAUUCGGGACCAGUAGCUAUAGAACAAUCAAAUCAAUCUCGUUUAGGAUGUGUAGAAGCACAAUGAGCAACCCCAACACACACAGUCUGCUUUUGGCUAUCUAGGGCCACUUGUAUAUUUCACAUACAGAGAGACUUUGUGUACAUAGUCUUAUUAUUUUGCAGAUUUGUACUUAUACAGUUAUAUUUUAAGACUGGAAUUUGUUAUAACUGACGUGUCUCCAUUUGUAAAGACUAUGCUGUCUACAGUAUACAGCAUAGGUGUCUCUUUUAAACGUGUGCUGUUUGUCGUCCUGGUCCUGGAGACCAGUCGUAUGGUGACCGUCUGAAGUCUUGAGGUACAGAACUGGACCAAAUAUAAAAUCUUGACUCACAGUUGAAAUGCCUUACCUUGGGACGAAGAACAGUACGGAGACAAAUUUACAACAGGGUAUAAACAGAAAUGUUGCGAGUAUAAAAUAAAAUGAACUGUUAAUGAAAACGUGAAGUCAGCAUUUUACACCCACUCAAACAAUCCGGUGUGUUUGCCAUGAAGGUACAUAAUUAUUUAUAUAUAUAUAUUUUAAGCAUUGCUUUAUUUUGUGCAGUGUUGCAUAACCAUGGGUUUCAUUUGUCGAGAUACAUAAAACAAAAGUGUCUGAAGCAUAGAAGCACUUAUUUACUCUUACUAACUCUUUACAAAUUAGACAAGCGGUAACUGGAACUGUUAUAUUUUAAUACUGUUCAUUUUUUUAUCGUUAUGUUAAUGAAGAUGCACUUUGAGUCUGUGUGGUUGGGAAGAGGAUUGCUGAAGUUUAAAUGUAUAAAAUGGAUUAUGGAAAAGAUAAUAAUACAUGUAAUUAUGCAAAAUAAUACAUUGAUGUUUAAUGCCUCAAGUGAAAAGAAAACAACAACAACAAAAAGAGAUAAUACUGCUUUAAAAAUUCUGGAAUGAAAAAAAAAGCUUUGUUUAUUGACCUGAUGCUGUGUAAAAAAAAACUAAAAAAAAUAUACAAUUUACACUGCUGUUAAUAUUUAGCAGUUUUUCUAUCACCUGCUUUUUACGUCCAUAUGGCAUGGUAGUGAAACAAACUGACCUAUUUCAUCGAAAUGGUUUAUUUAAAGCUGUUAAUGUGUAAGUUUGAUUCUUUUUUAAUCGUUUUGUUAGGGCAAUGUGCUUUACAUAUCACUCCUUUUGUUACUUCUAUUUAUAUUUGUGUAUAUAUUUUAGUCAGAUCUGAGCCAGGUCUAUAAAAUUGUUUAGAAUUGUAAAUAAACACUUAAAUCGA